GGGAGGCUCAGAGCUCCGAGCAUCCAGCGGGGAGAGGAGAUGCGUUGUCCACAUUGCCCGCUGCUGCUGGCCCUGCUGCUGCUGCUCUCCUGCCUGCGGGCUGAUGGCAGUGCUCUGCGGGGUCAGAUCAUCGGGGGCCACGAGGCCAAGCCCCACUCCCACCCCUACAUGGCGUACCUGAAGUUGAGGAUGUCUGCCUGCGGAGGAUUCCUGGUGGCCCCUGAUUGGGUGAUGACGGCCGCACACUGCUUGGAGGGAAACAUCACCGUCAUCCUGGGGGCUCACGAUAUCUACGAACCAGAGCAGAGCCAGCAGGUCCGAGGGGUCCUCAAAUACUACCCACACCCCGCGUACAACCCCAACACCGUGGCCAACGACAUCAUGCUGCUCAAGCUGACAGCGAAGGUCAAGCUCAACAAAUACGUCCGCACCAUUGCGCUGCCCAAAACCAGCAGCGACCUCCCCACGGGCACCUCGUGCACCAUAGCAGGAUGGGGCCUGAUUGAUGAGGACGAGAGAACCAGCAAACUCUUCGAAACCGAAGUCUCCAUCUACAGCCGCAGAAAAUGCAUUCUGUUCUACCCACACCUCGACAACGGCAUGGUGUGCGCCGGCAGCUUCCAUGAGAUGAAGGACUCCAGCCAGGGUGAUUCCGGAGGGCCGCUGGUGUGCAAUAAGGUAGCACAGGGUGUUGUUUCCUUCGGGUACGACAGCCCGCCUGGUGUCUAUGCCCGCAUUGCCAACUACCUACCCUGGAUCAAGAAAGUCAUGAAGAAGUAACGGUGCAGCGUCAGCAUGGUCCUGGAGACCUGCUGGGUUCCUUCCUGCCCCCACUGAUGGCUCCGUUCCCCUGUCUGUCCCUGGGAACCCAAGUGUCCCGAUGGAUGCCCAUAGGGUCCCUCCCUUUGCUCUAAGGCUGUCCCACUGCCAACCCAGCCCAAAAAGCCAUCGUGCUGCCACGUUGUCAACCAGCAGAAUUUCCGUACGGCACCAGCAUGCAUUGGCAGUACUGCAGAGCCCGUUUCCCUUGGGCGCCCCCUGCCCCGUUUGAACCUCACUGCACCUGAAACACAGUAAAUUCCGAGCUGCGCUCCCCAGCA